AUGCUUAUUGUCAAGGUUUUAAUUUUAAUUAAUUUUUUUAUUGUUUCCACCACAAAAAACAAUACUUGUUUUUUAUUUGCAGUCUAUACAUUUACCACCGGUCAACGCUCAUCAAUAAAAUUGGUUUACAAUGGCUACACCUUUGUCAAGUUCAUGGAAAACUCUCGUGGCACAAAGUGGAUUUGUGCUACACGUUCAUCAACAAAAUGUCGGGCUCGUGUUCGCACCACUCAAGAUUCAAAAUUGGAAAUCUUAUUUGGCGAACACAACCAUGGUUUGAAACAAAUGAAAACUAAACUUGAAGAUAAGACUAGAAUUGAUAGGUUAAUAGAAAAUAUGAAGCAAAAUAUUGAUUAAUAUAGACAUGAUAAAUAAACAACGGAAUUUUAAAUUAGUUUAACUUUUAAGAGAUUAAAAAAAUCAUUUUCAUUUAUAUCAAGAAUAUGAAAUUAAGAUUCAUUACGCAAUAAACUAAAUAACAUAGAAUAAAACUCAUUUAGCAACUAGGGCAUUAGACAUAACUUAAAAAAAUUGUCACAUGAUAUCAUGGCGGGGUACUUAUUCCUUAUGCUUGGGAUCAGUGCAGCAUAACAACUAAAAUAAUUAUGGCGUCCCAAUUUAUCCAAUAUAUUGCUGGAUAUAUAUACCAAACUAAGAAAACAUUCAAAUUUUUAUUUAAAAAUGAUGUAGCUAUAAAAACAUAUGUUGAGAUUAUUUUUAAGAAUAUCAUUUAUUCAAAUCAAUAUAUCGAAA